CACGUGCACUCGUUGUCCUUCCAUCCAUGAUCACUUUCUCACUCUCACUCAUAAUUUCCAGCUAUCAAUCAAUUUAUACCAUACGUGUUUAUAAUUUGUUUGGAUCCUACAUGGGUUAUUUUUAUUAUCAAGAAACGAGUCUCUGGGUAUAAAAACCAUAAAGAAAGAAUACAAUAUUAAACUGAGAUCAUAUCAAAAGAUCACGUUACAUUUUGCAAGCUUUGGUAGUUCUAAGCGCAGCAAGAAUAGGGAGAAAAAUGGACAAAUAUGAAUUGGUGAAGGAUUUGGGAGCUGGGAAUUUUGGGGUGGCAAGGCUUUUGAGGCACAAAGAAACCAAAGAGCUUGUUGCUAUGAAAUACAUCGAGCGAGGUCACAAGAUUGAUGAGAACGUUGCAAGAGAGAUCAUUAAUCACAGAUCACUCAGGCACCCUAAUAUAAUUCGAUUUAAGGAGGUAGUUUUGACACCCACACAUUUGGCCAUUGUGAUGGAGUAUGCAGCUGGUGGAGAACUAUUCGAUCGAAUCUGCAAUGCAGGUAGAUUCAGUGAAGAUGAGGCUAGAUAUUUCUUUCAGCAGCUGAUCUCUGGUGUGGAUUAUUGUCACUUCAUGCAAAUCUGUCAUAGAGAUUUGAAACUGGAAAAUACACUGUUAGAUGGAAGUCCUGCACCUCGCCUAAAAAUAUGUGAUUUUGGUUACUCUAAGUCAUCAUUGCUGCAUUCAAGGCCGAAAUCAACAGUAGGAACUCCAGCAUACAUAGCACCAGAAGUUCUCUCCCGGAGAGAAUAUGAUGGCAAGUUGGCAGAUGUAUGGUCAUGCGGAGUUACACUCUAUGUGAUGCUGGUGGGAGCUUACCCUUUUGAAGAUCAAGAUGACCCCAAGAAUUUUAGGAAAACAAUUCAGAGGAUAAUGGCUGUCCAGUAUAAAAUUCCAGACUAUGUUCAUGUCUCUCAGGACUGCAGACAUCUUCUUUCUCGCAUUUUUGUUGCAAAUCCUUCCAGAAGGAUUACACUUAAAGAGAUCAAAAGCCAUCCAUGGUUCUUAAAGAAUUUACCGAAGGAACUGAAGGAGACAGGUCAAGCAAAUUAUUACCAGAUAGAUAAUCCAAGCUUUUCUGCUCAAAGUGUGGAAGAAAUCAUGAAAAUUGUGUCCGAGGCAAGAAACCGGCCUUCGUCAACUGUAACAGUAAAAGGGUUUGGCUGGGGAGCAGAAGAUGAAGAGGAGGAAGUGGAUGAUGCAGAACUUGAAGAAGAUGAUGGAGAAGAUGAGUAUGAGAAGAGAGUCAAGGAGGUCCAUGCAAGUGGAGAAUACCAAAUCAAUUAACUGGUGGUAGAGUUCUUUGUUUUUAAUUGUAACUCUUUCUUUAAAAUGAAUUAAAAUGAAACUUACUGGAGCUACUCUUUUGUGUAUUAUAGCAGACAAAAAUGGUUGUUAUUGCUUAUAUAUUAUUGGCUCUGGAAUCUGAAUGUUUUAGUUUCUAGUA